GAGUCGUCUCCGCGGAAAGUUGUUCCUGCGUAUGUUCUCAAAAAUGAUCAACAACUUUGGUAUUUAAUGUGCGAAGGAGACAGGUAACGAUAAAAUGUGAAAUGUGCAGAUACCAGUGCGGAGUUUAGACAGUGAAUCAAAGUCUCGAGGCGAUGUCGCCUUUGUUGGUUUAACACUGGACGAUCAAGCGGUUAUGACCAUGGAGGUGGGCGAGAAAUCAAAACGGGAGGAUGACAGCCCAGUUUCUACUGUCGCUUCUAUGAGCUGGAAUGAUCACGAAGACGACAGACUUACGGGUAUGGGUAAUUCUGGUAUUCGGAACCACCCCGAUUCGAACCCAAAUUACGAUGCGCAGGUAUUUCAUACCGGGGGUAACGACCCCGCUGCCGAUCAUAUCCUAGUUACACGACCCUCGCCGUCACGUUCCGAUACGGCCGAUGAGGAUGAAAAUCUCCAGGAGGAACACAAUGUCCACAACGAUCACGAGCAGAACGCCCCUGUUCUUCCCGAGGCUGAAAAUAAUUCCGCUAGUCAAAUGUCCUGCGGGGAACAUCGUGUGAUGGACAGCGAGCCCGCAGCGAUCCGCGAAGACGGUAGCAAUGAUCACGCUGCCUCGAAUAACGGGGCGGAUGACGCUGAUUCCACGAUGGAUGUGUCUCUAAAAAAGGAUUCGAGGAACACUCCGGACGUAUCCAGUGAGCCUGUAACUCCUCAACAGCCGUUAACGUUUACCAUAAAUUUCGACGACGACAAGGAAGUGGACACUGCGCGCUAUCGCAAUCUCUUCGAAAGAUACAAUGCCAGACACAGGAGAAAUUUGUCAACCUCCAAGGUUGAGGUGAAGAGCAAACAAACACCCGAGCCCCCGGUUUUGUCGCCGAAUUUCGUAAAACGGCAUAAAACUCCGAGUGCGCACUCAGAGGGGUACUUCAGCAGUGACCAGGAGGACGAUGCUGGACGCAAAGCUGAAAAACUAUCGAGAAAACUCAAGCAUCUGGGUAUCAAGUCUACCGGUAAAGCUCCGGUGGUUCCUGAGAGGUACGACGGCGGGACGAUGUCUCACUCGUACUCUGAAUCUUCGACGCGGGAAGAGUUGGCGGAUAAUAUCCACCGCAAUACUACGAUGAAGACGGUGAAGGAAAACCGACGGAUGGCCCGCGCAAAUAUGUCCCUUGACCUCGAUCAUCCGGCAAACAGUAUGUACAACGAACUCGGUAAGAGAAAGACUACAACGACGUGGAGCGAAGGUGAGCGCGGUCGUCAAGCGGGAUUUACGGAUAAUGAAGAUCUGAGAUUCCGAUCUUCUGCCGUGACCCCGGUGGCGAGGUACGAACGAGAUAUUGGAACAUCUACGACGAACGCCGCCAAAGUCUACUCGCCUCGCCGUGCCCGAGGAAAUGAAGAAGUGAUUUUUCAGGAGUAUCAGGAUUCGCAGGAAAAAUUAUCGAGCGCAAGUUCCGAGUCUGAGAAUUUUGUAGACUACGAAACCGUAAAAAGGGAUGAAAAUGAAUCCAGUAACGGCGACCACGGUAUAUCGCGGACUAACAAUUCGAAUGGACAGGCGAAUUUGGACGCCCUCGAGGUCAGUAACUUCGAUGAUGGAUCCGAUGGUGCCGUCAGUGAGGCCGGCACUUACACGAUACACAAAGAUUAUACUGAUGAAGAAAAGGCCAGAAUGGAUAUCGACAGAGUUUUCAAAGUGGGUCUUAUUACCGAAGAGGAAUCUUCAGAGGCGUACGUUCACAGCUUCAAGAUGAGCAUAUCAAGAGACAACAACUGGAUAUCAGAGUGGGCCACUCAGGUAGCCGAGCACAAUUCUUUACCCUCUGCAAUCGGCGGAACAGUCCCGAUUUCCAAGGGGCUCGUCUCGCCGCAAAGCCCGUCCAAAAUUCCCUCGCCGAUUCAUUCCCGAUCUCGAAGACUUUCCAGAGGCCGCCAAGAGCAAAGCGACAGUAGCCUAGAGACGGAAUCUUAUCUGCGAGCAAAGACAACUGCUGUAACUUCCUCUGUAAAUAAUGACCGAAUAUUGGUGGACUCUGGAGGUGAAUCCGACGACGACACCAGUCGCAGUCACAACACCCCUCCACCGAGUUUACAGCGUUUAGGAUCAAUACGGCGCUUGAGUCUCUCCGACGUUCUAUUUACGCGAGAUAGUAUUUCCGAGGGACGACGUAGUGCGAGAAACUACACCGCGGCUGAGACAAGGCUGCAACAAGAACGGGUUGUCACCUCGCAGGAACCUCUAAGAAGCCCGACUCAUGUUCUGGCUCGCCUCCAGCUUGGAAGGCGAAACAGCUCCCUAGACCGAAAGGAAUAUACUUCGGACACCCCUGAGUCCAAUUGCUUGUCCGAGCACAGUGAUUACAAGAGCUACUUGGAGGGAACCUCGAUCCAUCCGGGGAGCCCUAUCCCUGCACGUGUCAGAGCACCCACUGGGAAGCUCACAACUAACAGUCCUAUUCUUUCGCGUAAGGAAAUUGUGACUUCUAGGACAAGCGACCUGGCUAAGUCACAUCUGCAAGCGAAAAAUGUUGGGUACUUUACCUGUACGGAAAAUAGUCCCUAUUUGCUACGGAAAUCCAGUAGUACGACUAACUACAGUCACAGAGAGGAAUUCCAUCAUAUUCAUCGAGAUCGGAGUAAAGAGCCCCUCCCUACGUCGAUACAAAGUUUGCAUCAGCAAAACCCAGUGUUGCGUCGGAGUGCCGGUAUACAAAGAUCGUCGAGCAAUGCCUCUGUCAGAAAUCCACAUGUUGCGAACCUCAUACUCGCCAGGCGUAGCAGCUUUGGAAAUAAUAAUAAUAUUAACGCAACAAACGACAGGACCACACUAGCAGCCGUCACCGGAAAAUUCACCGCGACCUCUGACAGCAGCAGUGAAGCUGGGGACAAACCCUUGAUAAAGUCACCUGUACCGCCGGUUUCAUCUGGAAUCAAAUUAAAUAGGGCUUUCAGUAUACGGAGGGCUAGGCUGAACUGCGAAUAUGACACAACAUCGAGCACAACUCCGGAAGAACGUCGGCGGAAGAGUCAGGCCAGUGAAACAAGGGGACCACAGGUGUCCACCUCAAGUCGGCAAACAACUGUUCAUCAUCGCGGCAAGUCAGCAGGAAGUGUAGCCCUCAGCAGCAAAGACACGUUCAAAAGGCCAGAACCACCGAAACCUAGAGCGCCGUCCAUGUCCAGGACAGAUAGCGGAAGAAUAAGUACAAGAACAACGAAGAAUAUAUCGAAUCAUGUACAACAUUCGCGACCUAAUCAAAAACCAACGAAAGACGUUCACAAAAAGACUGGGAGAAGCAACUCUACCCUCACAUCUAAGGAAGUCGAGUUCCAGAACUGGAAAAGAAGAAAAAACUACGAUCCAAUGAAGGCGGCAGCUGAAGGGAAAAAAAAACUGGACAAUCCCAAAAAACAACACAGUAUCGAGGACAAUACUCGCGGUUGCGAAAGCUCGGUCCUACGGUCGGCCAGUUUUCAUGGCACAGGCGGGACUCUAACGCUUGCAGCUGACUGGUCUGACAACGAGAAUGAUUUCUCGGAUUCCAAUGAGUAUAUUCGACCUCCACCACCUUCCAGUCCUCAAUUGGGAAGCGACAGUGAAUUUGAAACCUCGUCUUAUCUGCGAGCCACGGAAAAUGUCAUGUGUGCAAUGUCAGCUCGCAUGAUCGUGCGUCACCCACCACCGGUCGAUUCCGGAGGAGAAAGUGACGAAGACACAAGUCGCAGUUUGCAUCGACCCGUGCACAGAGGAUCCUUGCAUCUGUCUCGAGAUAGUGACACAGAAAGUAGCGACGAGCCGCGUAUCUCGAUCAUUCAAUCUCCUCCCACGAACUCGAAUCACAGCAAAGCUGUCCCCAGUCUGAGAAAAACCAGAGUCGAGCCACGAGUUAACAAGACCCCAACUUCUUCGGCAAAGCCGAGAUGCUCGCCUCGUGACGUCAGAGGAACCGUCGACACAAUGAAAGUGGCCGCCAAGACGGAUUCGGGUCGUUUUAACACUCGGUCAUCCAAAAAUCAGACCAUGGUAAGUCAGUCAAAGUUAAAGGAGGGUAAGAAAUCUGCAGUUGCAAAUUCAAAAGAAGUAGAGAUGCAAAACUGGAAACGCCGGAAGAGCUACGAUCCGAUGAAAGCUGCGAUGGAGGGUAGGCGUAAAGUCGGUCAGACGAAGAGAUGUCCCAGCACUAAUCUAUCGCCAAGCCACGUACUGAGGUCGCAGAGUUUCCAUGGCUCGGUGGGUCUAGGCGUCAGUGACUGGAGUGAUGAAGAAUUAACGGUGUCCGCCGAUGAAGCAUCUCUGUACUGAGGAGCCAAAACUUUCCACAGUUUAGUGUUUCUAUUGUGAUACGGUCAUGUUCGUAAUUGCAAGGUUGUUUUGACAGUUCAUAGUACGCGGUAGACCACCCCCUGCCUAACCAGGUUGAUCUGUGUUUUUGAAUCUUGAAUUUCUUGUCUUGCCAAUCUCAACAGCUGUGCAUGCUCAUUUUACUUUUUAUUUGAUGAUAUAUGCUGAUAAUUUUAUCGUCAUAUCGAUUACAGUGGAGCACCGUCCAAUUCAUAACUGAGAUCUGAACAUGGAUCAUCGUUGCGUUAAUUGUCCAGUGAGCGAGAAAUUUUUGUGAUUGCUGUCAUUAUUUUCGUAUUGCAUAUUUAUUCGUGGAGUACUGUCUUGUCAUUGUAAGGUACCAUAUUGGUAUUCUGACUAUCCUGCCACCGCGUGCUUCGUCUCUGCGCAUUUCUAGGUAUGUUGUUCAUAUUCAUUCGGUUCACAUCGAUGAUUGAGAUGGGAAUUAAUUUCCGGCGUGCACCGGGCACAUUUACGGAUGGGUAUCGGCGCUCUUCCCAGACGAAAUAAAUUCCUAGUUUUAUUGUUGAUUAUAAAUAAAAUUUUAUGAUACGAGUCACGUAUUAAAAGAAGUUAGCGGCAGAGAAUCUAGUACCUGCGUGUGAGAUCGUUUGUCAAUUUGAUCAGAUUAAUCCAAGGACGGUGAAACCAAUUGGUGUUGGGAAAAUACAAACGUGCAAAUGUGUAUAUUGAUAUUAUUUAGCUAACAAGGUAAAUACUUCUAUGUUGUUAUUUAUGUAUGUACAUACCUAAUAGGAGAAGUAGAGUUGUCACACGGGAAGAAAAUGCCAAUUAUAGGUCUGUUUGAAAACAAAUCGGUACAGAUAACAGAUUUUACGUCUCUAUAGUGGUUGGUGAGCAAUCCGAAUAGUCGCCAAGCUGCAUUAAUUAUAGGUACUUUAGGUAAGUGGGUGGGUAGGGUCAUGGAUAGACUGCACAGAGCAACGGUAUGGCACUUGUACGAAUUUGGCGGAUUACCAUAAAACUCAUUCAUCAUUGAUCAUUCAUAAUCCUGGUAGGAAAUGCCUUGUAUCAAACAGAAUUACUAUUCGCUAUUUUCAGCUACUAUAUGAUAUCUAAGAAUUUUGUGCGUGGUACAAGCUUCUCCCUGCUCGUUUAUAUUACCGCAUCAUUAUUAUGCAUAGCUCGAACUUUUAAACUCCACUAGCCCUAUAUGACAACGAACCUUACCCUAUUCGAAUUCUCCCUAAUCACCAAGCUUCCCUUUAUCAUUGAACAACGUCGAGAGAAUUAAAUUAUAUGACUGUGACUUAUUGAGCACACCGAUUAUUUCGGAUUUAAUUUUUAUAAUCCAUUUGUUGUACGGAGAUCUACAUACUUACCUACUUUUGUAAAUAAUUAGCUAUUAGCUAUGUAUACCUAUAGUAUAAACACCUCUUUAUCUGUAAUAUCUAUGAAAAUUAUGAUAUUACUCUACAGUCCAGGUCUUCCUUUCUAUUGGUUCAUAAAUAUUCAAAAUAUUUCAACAAAUAAUAAUAUUGUUUUCUCCUUA